AAAUGUAUUGAUGAAUAUUUGGUCAAUAGAUUGUGUCAAACAAUUUUCGUUUUUCGAAUAUUCAUCUUUUAUAAAAUAUCAAACUAAAACGAUGUCAAAAGCAACAACAAUUAAGGAAGCCCUAAAGAGAUUUGAGGAACGCUCCAGAGUUAGUUCAUCUGAAGCAACAGAAAUUGAUUUACAAUUCCAAUGGCCUCCAAUUGAACGAAUGGAUGGAGCACUUGGAAAUCUGGUCAAUUGCAAAUGGUUAAGUUUAUCAACAAAUAUGAUUGAAAAAAUAAACGGCCUAAAUGGUAUGCGUAACUUACGUGUUCUUUCACUAUCAAGAAAUUACAUUAAACAAAUUUCUGGUCUGGAAGUUGUUGCAGAUACAUUGCAAGAGCUUUGGUUAAGUUAUAAUUUAAUUGAAAAACUGAAAGGAUUAACAGCUCUGAAAAAUCUAAGACUACUUUUUAUAAGUAAUAAUUUGUUAAAGGAUUGGUGUGAAAUUAAUAAGCUACAAGAAUUGUCGAGUUUGGAGGAUUUACUAUUGUUUGGAAAUCCCAUUUGUGAGGGAUAUGACGAAACUGCCUGGAGAGCUGAAUGUAUUAAACGUCUGCCGCUUAUAAAAAAAUUAGAUGGAGAACCCGUUGUGGUAAAUGAAGAGCCCGUAGUUGCAUGAGGGAUUUUUAAUGGAAAUAAAUGCAUAUUUAAUAUUUUAUGUUUAAUUUGAUAAAAAAAAACAA